UACUGCGCAGACUCACGCACGGAGGAAGAGCCAGGGCUCACGUCCCUCUGAAGAUUUUACAUCUCCUUAAAAAGGUCUAUAUUUAUUUUCCUUGCAUCAGCUCUUAGGAGCUCAUCAUCACCGGUAAAGCUGUAUAAGCAUCGGGUUGACGGGAUUGAAGGAAGCGGCGCGUCGUACGGGGAGCUGCCUGAAAUCGCCAUGAGUUACAAACCAAUUGCCCCUGCGCCAUCUGGCUCCAACCACACUCCGCCAGGCUCCUCUGUGCCCUCUCCAUCUCUCCCCUCAUCGUCCAGCUUCAGGCCAGCUUUCAGUGACUUCGGCCCACCCUCCAUGGGCUUUGUUCAGCCUGUCAAAGUGUCCCAAGGGUCCACCUACAGUGAGCUCCUGUCUGUCAUCGAGGAGAUGAGUCGUGAGAUCAGGCCUACGUAUGCUGGCAGCAAGAGCGCUAUGGAGAGGCUAAAGAGAGGUAUAAUCCACGCCCGUGCACUGGUCAGGGAGUGUCUUGCAGAGACGGAGAGAAGCGCCCGCACAUAACCUUUUGGGACAAAUCCCUUCACCUGCCACUCUUUCCCUGUAGAAGCCUGCCCUCAUCACGAUCUCCACUUUAUGCUUUACAACCAUUUUUUAUCCUCCCACCUCGUGGUUUCUUUGCUGCCGUUUUAAAGGUGCAUUAUGUCCCUCUUGUGUCUGCUGUUACUGUAUUUCACGAUGCCCAUUUUGUUAAUGACGACACUUUCUGCGACUUGUGCAGCGUGCGCAAAAUGAAGUUUUAUACCUAUUUUAAAAGAAGAGAGUGGGGAAUUUCAGCACAUUUUUAAGUCAAACUAUGGGUAAAAACCUUAGUAAAAUGGUUGGGAAUAUUUAUAUUAUUCUUUGUUCAAUAAUUGACCAAGAAAGUUGGCUUUUUUUAAAUGAUGAAAUCAGUGUUCACACUGCACUGACCCUCCAGUGUAUUUUUUGUUAAUCUGAUCAUCUUGAAUAUACAUCUUUUCCAUUCACCCUUGCUUUGUUUUCAUCCUACUUUGUAGUGUAGACACACAUUAGAUGUUUCUCAUUCCCAAGAACUCUGUACAUCUCAAGUCAGUUUGUUAGUAUGGAAAUUUUGUAAACCAGAUUUUUGCAGUUCGGUAUGUAUAUCUUAAUUAAAUAACAGGAGAAAAAAAAAA